ACCCUCCGCUGUUUACCGUUGAGUCAGACUCGUUGAGGGGAAACAACUCAACUUUUGCAACAGCCGACAAAGAAUAAUCGGGCAUUUUGAUCGAAAGUUGAGUGAAUUUUACAUUUCGUUGACUUAAAUUUGACAUUCUGGUGAAAGUUGGGCCGGUUCUUCCAUCCGUACGUGUUAAAUUAGAAAUUCUAAAUUUAACAGUGAUUCGGUUUGACACAUUUCGGUUAUUAUGGAACAUCGCGAAGUGCCCGCGGACGACUUCAAGCAACUGUUAAAACGAGAAAGUGAUUCCCUCGACGAUUUCGAACAUUUGGGCCACGACAGCAGCCCUUUAAAGGAUUUGCACGAAACACAUGAUCUUUUGGGGUUAAAUACGUCAGCCGCGGAUACGCAUGCACACGUGAAAAUCGAUGAAAACGUAGUUGAAAAAUUUGCCGGUGCUCACGCAGGUGACAGUCUGGCAGAUCGCAUCCUAAUUCCAGAAAAAAUGGAUUCCAAUAUAUUAGCCAGUGCCGAUCCAUUUCCCGAUCGAAAAGAAGCCGACGAGAAACUGGAUAAAUUUUUAAACGAGGUGUCGGCUCCUUUCAAGCCAGUGGAACCAGAAUUAAAACACGAUGUAGGUGCGAUCAAGUCGUUCCUGGAUAACGAAAGAGAACUCAUUCGCGACGUCAAAGAAAAGUCGGUAACGGGGAGUACCGAGUUGUUAGAUCGUUACACCGAUAGCGAGCCGGAAAGCGACGAUUUCAAAGCUUCAAAAUUCGAUGAACCCAAAACCAAAGAACUUCCUAAAAGUUUCGGUUACACCGAAACGUUCAAGUCGACCGAAAACUUUAAAGAUGUCCAAGAUUUACAUCCGGAGCCGCCCACAAGAAAUAUCGCACCCAUACCUUCUGCCCCUAUUCCCGAGUUGAAGGAAGACCCGAAACCGGUAGAACCGUCUGGGCCAGCGGAUAUACCCAAACCGGUGGAUCCAAAACCGGUAGCAACAAAAGUUGCUGCCUCACCGACCGGCGAAGAGGAGGACGAAUCGAAGAGAACCAGCGUCCAAGAUAAAAUAAGCAAGGCGGAAACUGUAAAAAUUACAGAAGCGGAGGCGUUGUUUUGCAAAAUGGGGCUGGAUGCUUGGUUUAAUCCCGAGAGGUUAAAUCCCAAAGUGGAGAGCUUGAUUUACUGGCGCGAUCCGAAGAAGUCCGGUCCGGUAUUCGGAGGAGUGUUCGUCAUUCUCUUGGCCCUCACGUACUUCUCCCUGAUCAGCGUAGUCGCGUACCUUUCCCUAGUGGUCCUAGUCGGUACCAUCUCCUUUAGAAUCUACAAAAAUAUCAUUCAGGCUGUGCAGAAGACAGGCGACGGUCACCCGUUCAAGGAGCUACUGGAAUUAAACAUCGCUCUGCCCCACGACAAAGUAAAGGAAGUUACCGAAGUGGCGGUGGCGCAUUUAAAUGCCGGCGUUGUAGAACUGCGCAGGCUAUUCCUAGUCGAGGACCUCGUCGAUUCGAUCAAAUUUGGAGUUUUGUUGUGGACCCUUACUUAUCUAGGUGCAUGGUUUAACGGAAUGACCCUCAUUAUCCUUGCGUGGGUCGCUCUGUUUACCCUUCCAAAAGUCUACGAAACAAACAAAACACAGAUCGACGCUAAUCUUCAAAUCGUGAGGACCAAGCUCUGCGAGAUUACUUCAAAGGUGAGGGCAGCUAUCCCAAUAGGGAAGAAGCCUGAUGAGAAGAAAGAUUAAAAUCUUCAGGUAACAAACAUUUAAAGAUUGUAUUCUAGGUAUUUAAAUCUUAACUGUUACGGAAACUGUCCAAUUUUUAUAAGUACUUUUAUUGAUUUUUAAACAUUAAACUCAUUAUCAGUUAACCCGCACCCUUUAUUUAAUUAUGCCCAAGGAUUGUGUAAAAUGUAAUCGUUUCGGUUUAGUAAAAUUACAAGUAUUUUUUCCAAAAUGAACCUAUCAUCUACAAAUGUUCAUAUUCAAAUUUAUUGCAUGUAAUUUGUCGUCGGUAUCGUUUUAUUCAUGUUUGUUUUUGUACAUAUAAUGUGUUAAUUUUUAAUUUGUUGUUUGUUUAGAAGUUAUGCAAGACAGGAAUUGUGUGUAAUUACUUAGAAUAUAUAUAUUUGCAUUAGUUAAAUAUAAUUUUUAUUAUUUUACCUCUAUGGUUUUAUUUUUUUUAUGGUUUGAAAGUUCGAUCUUUCUCCGUUGUGGAAUGGGAAACCCCCUAAAUGCUUGGUCAGUUGUGCAUUACGUGUAAAUUCAGUUGUUUUUGCAAAAUUAUGAUUAUUUAUACUGUUUGAAGUGCGCGACACAUACAACAGUAUAGGAGCAAUAUUACUUGUUAGGCUAAGGUGAUGCUAGGUGUUCCCAACAUUUUUUCACACUGCAAUCGCUCUUAUAAUUAUUUGUUUCAUCUCCACUUAUAAACUAAAAACAAAAGCAUACUUGAGACAGUAAAAUUUAGCGAUCUUGGAUUUAAAAUUCAUAAUUUCUUCAUUCGAUGUAUGAAUCUUUUAUAACUAUUUCGUGAAUGUCGGUAAAGAUAUUUUAUAGAAAUUUUGGUUUAAGAUGUUCCAGAACAUUGUCAGUUUUAUAUUUCCAGUACAACUUCUACCACCUUUAUAAAUAUUUUCAAAGUCACAGACCAUAAAGACACUUUAUACUAUAAUGAAAACUGACAGAUUUGUAUCAAUCGAACAGAAAGAAUAAAACUGACAAUAUGGUGAUUAUAGAAAUUAUAUGUGAGUACGCCGUACUAAGAAGUACCAUAUUAGUAAAGUUAAAUAAUAAAUGUUAUGAAUAUUCAACCUUCAUAUAGAAAUAUCUACAGAGUGACUUUAAAAUCUAAUUUUUGGUCAUAUUUUGGACCUAUAUUGUAAUAAUGUUCGAUUUAUCUUACACGCUCUGUAUAUGUUCGCGUAUCAUUAAGAUCAAAGUACUUUAAACACUAAAGUACUUAUAAACGAUGUCUUUUUCAAUUCAUGUAUCGUCAGAAAAUUGCAUAAUUCUGUGCGUGGAAUCAUUUCUAGAAAUUAAUUCAUAAUAGGGUUGGGAGUUAUUGUUAAAUUUAAUAUUUAAACGUAUAUGUCAAGAGUUUCAAUGAGAUAUAUUUAUUUAGACUGUUGCAUACUUUUUAUAUAGCUUUGUAAUUGCUUUAAAAUUAAAUUGUUUACGACUGCUUA